UCUGGGAGUUUCUAAAGAGGCCACAACCUUGCCUGGAACCGCCUGUACUUGUGUAGCUCACUCUCACACACGCAUUCAUUCAUCCACUCGCAUCUGUUUGUACAACAUUUAAAGCCACAUCGCACUCAAAAUGAACAGGUGCCUUGUUCUCCAGUCCGAAGUCCAGAGCUUCAUUGAGAAGUGCAUGGUUGCCACAGGAGCCAAGCCUUCACAUGCUAAAUCCCUGGCAGACGUUCUGGUAGAAGGGGAUUGCAGAGGUCAUUACAGCCAUGGACUAAACCGAAUGGAUAUGUAUGUAAAAGAUAUCCAGACUGGAAUCUGUUCAAAAGAUGGGGAGCCCAUUAUUGAAAAGGAGUCGGUGGCCACAGCGCUGGUGAAUGGUGAAAAUGUUCUGGGGCCAGUGGUUGGGAACUUCUGCAUGGAUCUGGCGAUUAAAAAAGCAAAAGAUGUUGGCAUAGGCUGGGUGGUAGCCAAGGGCUCAAACCACUAUGGGAUUGCUGGAUAUUAUGCUAUGCAAGCUCUGAAACAAGACAUGAUUGGUAUGAGUUACACCAACACAUCACCAUUGGUGGUUCCUACCAGAGCAAGAGACUGCACUUUGGGGACCAAUCCAAUCAGUGUGGCGGCACCUGCUAACGAUGGUGACAGCUUUGUACUGGACAUGGCUACUUCCGCAGUGGCAUUGGGAAAGGUUGAGCUGCAUCACCGGAGUGGAGAUACCAUCCCCGAGGGCUGGGGCUGCGACUCCCACGGCAAGCUGAGCACCGACCCUGGGAAGGUGCUGAGUGGAGGGGGGCUGCUGCCCAUUGGGGGUUGUGAGGCUACAGGUGGUUACAAGGGCUUUGGUCUGGGAAUGAUGGUCGAGGUGUUCUGUGGCAUACUGGCUGGCUCCCACUACAGCAAACACAUCCGUACAUGGAAGGUUACAGACAGUGUAGCAAAUCUGGGCCAGUGCUUUGUUGCUAUAAACCCUGAAAACUUUGCUCCUGGAUUCAAGGACAGAAUGUCUGACCUGCUCACUUUGCACAGAGAUUUGGAACCUGCUGAACCUGGGACCCCAGUAAUGGUGCCAGGAGACCCAGAGAGAAUAAACAUAAAGAGAUGCAAGGAACUGGGAGGGCUGUCUUAUCAUAUCAACGUCAUCAACCACAUGAAUAAGGUUGCUAAGACCCUGGGUGUAACUCCUGAACUUCCAGUGAACCGACCCCUGGCUUGAUAGCCUAUUUCUACUGUGGACAGAUCCCUGUCUUGAUAGAGCUAUUCAGAAUGCCUUGAUUUGUUUUUGUUUUUUUAUUUUUGUAUCAAUAUGCCUAUACAAAAAUAGUAAUUGUUAAGGCUGCUUAGAACUGUAUUGUUGGACGCACAUUACAAUUUUGAUGUAGACAUUUUUAUCCAAACUUUGCUCAGGUCAAACUGUUUUACCUUUCCUAUUACAGUACCUCAGGUAGUUUUGAUACAGAAUUGGUUUGGUGGUAAUGCAUUUUUAUAACUUUUAAACACAAACUGCUAAACGUAUAUCAAUUUCUGUUCAGUUAUUAUUCUGGUUAAACAUUUUAAUGAAAUAAAUAGAAAAAUAAUAAAAUGUGUGUUUUAAAAUAAAAAUGACUUUCUAUGUACCUACAUAGAUAGUUACUGUCCUCCCAUGUAUUUCAAUAUUAUUGCCCUAUGACAGAUUGUUGUUCAGUAGGCCAGUGAAUUCCAAGUUCUUAAUCCAAUCAAGCACUAUCGGGUCCCAUUCCCCCAGACUUGGGCACACUUUUCUACAGAACGGAUGGACGUGCACAAUAGAAAGAUUUAUUGAAUUAUUUUGUUGGCUGCAAUUGUUUUCAGCUGCAUUUUGACUGGCACAAGCCCUGUUCUGAACACCAUUCCUGAUGAGCAUGCUGUUGCAAUGACUACCCUCCUCUCCCUCUGUAUGCAGGUCUCAGAGAGAAUGCUUGGAAGUAAUUCUCAGGGUAGGUUCAGUGAGCACACGGGGCGCGAAACAGGAACAGAUUUCAGCAGUGCUGAGUUUUUGGAGUGAUUGGAGAUCCAGUUUGUUUGGAAAAAGAAGACUUAAAUACUUAUAAUAUUUGAUUAUUUAUAUUUUACAGAUUCUUUAUGAUUAGAUAACUGACGAAAUUGAGAAUUGUAUAAAAACCCAACAGCUAAUAUUUCUGCCUUCAGUGUUAGUGGGUUAAAUAAAUACAUAUUGUACCAAACAUUCACAAGUGGGAAAUAUCAAUAAUACAGCCAGUCUUUGACCAAUAAUACAGAAAAAAUUGAAUUGCAGAAUUUGCAUAUCCUCACAAAGCAAUCUAUUCCCCAUUAUUUAUUAACUUGUACACAUUGUUCUUUACAUGAGAUUGUGCUUUUGAGUUACUGGGAGAUACCAAACAAACCAGUAAUAGCACACACUUGUAUCAAACAGUCAGUUAAUAUUUUAACCCAAUUAACCUUUCAUUGCAGAGGACUUGAUAAACCCUGUCAAUAUUCAUCUCAAGAGGUAAAUACAGGUUUAGACAAUGACCAGUACAUCUUCUCAACUGAUUUCUGCUUUGGUUGAACCAAAGAAAUGUAAUUAUUAACUGCAAAAUUGAGUUUUUGUGAAUAAAAACAAAGCAUUCCCAGUAGCAUACUCAAUGCAGAGUGUUUAAACCGUGGGUUAUGCAUUUUUUAGAAGUAUAAAUGCUCCGGUAAACAUUAAAUAAUAACUCACACUUUUACGUUUUUUUUUUAUUUUUUAUGUAUUUAUUAGGCACGGCUGCAUUUUAGUACCAGCAAUAGAGACUGGUUGAAUUUGUUUUCAAUGAGUACAUCCAAAUUAUUCUGUGUAUUGUUUCUCGAUUGGAUAAAUGUCUUACUUGCAAAAGAAAAACGAAGGAAGCAAACACAAAAGAGCACAAAGUGCAAGUUAUAUCGAGUCCUUUUGGAUAAUUGUUAUGUUGGCUUUAAUAAAAAGUUAUACCUUGA